AUGCCCCAAUGGGGAAGACCACCAGGGGCACAACUGGAGAGAUCAGCCAGGAGACGGGUGGCCCAGUGGACGGGCAAUAGUAAUGAACGUGUUGAGGAGAUGGACAGUGGGGAGGAGGACGAGUAUAUGCGGCGAGGGGAUCGCAUUUUGUAUGCUGAACAACGACGGGUGGGGGCACCGAGACGAAAUGGGGCCUACGAGGCGCCCACUGACGAUACGCGCUUAGCCGAUGGUAUGGACUACGACUUGUACGACGACUCCGACAGCACGGUCGCGUAUGCGGUACAAUUGGCGAUGAAAGACGAGGAGUGGCUCGUGGACAAGGCUCUUGAACGGAUCCGACGCGCGCAGAUACUGGGCCAGAAGCAGGUCCGGCUGUCAAAGCGAGAAAUGGAGGCCCUCGAGAGAAAACGGGUGCAAAAUGACGGUGCGAAGGACGUGGGACAACGGAGCCGCGCAUCCAAGGCAUCAUCCAUCGACGGCCGGCGCUCUAGGCCGCUGGACAGUUCCACAAGUGGAGGAUUAGGGAGCACAGGCGUAUUGCGCAACGGAUACACCGCAUCCCUAGCCAACGGAAGUACCUACAACAAAAACACGUAUGGCUCCGGGACGCGUGCUUCGGGUGUCUCAGCUGGUGACCAGGCUGCUGCGCUACCGCGGUCACCGAGCACCCAUUCCCUACAGCCUCCGCAAUCAAGUAGCCUGGUCCAGCCCUCCCUUCCCCGCGAUUAUCGAUCAGAGUCUUUCCUGUCUGCGCCCAGCUCCCGUCCACUGACUUCCUUCCCGAAUACUUCCUUUGCACGCCCCCUCUCUCGCGAUCCGUCCUGGAUCCCCCCGUACCAGGUACCGUACGCUACUGCGGACGUCCGUGUCGGAUCGCAAAGUGCCAUGGGUUCGGUGCCACAUCGGUCAACCCACCGAUCCGUUCUUGGCGAUCGCCAUCCCCUGAAUCCUCAACCUGCCACCCGGACCUCUGUGGCGGGCGAUUCUCACAGUGAAGGGGAGGAAGGCAGCGCAUCUGACGCGGAUGGCGACCGCCUGCAUAUUGUCGAUGUGGUGCGACGCAGAGUGCCGACCGGUUCUCAACCCCGAGUUGCUGCCAUGGCGAGCGGGGUCCUCAACACCAGAGCCGUUCCGUCCCGCAGUCGUCGUUUCUGA